AUAAAAGCCCCGUUGGGAGUCGUUCCACCAAUCUGGUUUCUAAUUUUCGAUUUAUUUGGCGGAACUAACCUCUAAUGAUUGCAAAAGAAUUUAUCUGGGGGGAACUCAUCUCUCACGAAUGAUAAUCACAGUGGCAGGCGGUUUUGAGCUGUUCUUUUGUUUGCAGUGCCGAAUCCAGUUCAAAUCAAAGACUAACCCCCGUGCAAAGCUAAUAUUAGCGACAAGUCCCACCGACCGCUAUAGCGACGCGUUUUGAUAUCGGUGGGGGUAACGAUAUCAUCAGAUUGACAGAGCUAUGGCUAUCUGAUCGCAGAAACCCUAGAUCGAUCCUACUCCCAAUUCUCCUCUCCGUCUCCCUCGGAUCCGCCUCGGCGACACCAAGCUGCCGAAGGUCUCCCGCCGGCCACCCUUCCUCCGCCACCGCCACCAUCAGAUCCGGCAGCCAACCGCCACCUGCCGGAUAGCCAAACCUCCACUAAAUCUGUUUGAAUCACAAGAUUGCAGAUCUUUCUGAUGCCCACAAAGUCAAAAUCUAAUUUAGAGAAGAUGCUUCCAACAUUGAAAGAAUGAUGAAAUGACAGAACAAUGGCACAGUUGCAGGUUGAUCUGACCAUGUCAGACACCAAGGCCACUGAUGCCAGUGGUCAUGCUUCUGAGGAGGGUCCUGAACUCAUGGACCUAAAUGAAGAGAACUUAAUGCCAUCAUCCCAAGCAGAGGAGGAAGCAAUCAGGAAAAAAUAUGGAGGAAUAUUACCCAAAAAACCACCACUCAUAUCUAAGGAUCAUGAACGUGCGUACUUUGAUUCUGCAGAUUGGGCUUUAGGAAAGCAAGGUGCACCUGUUGAGAAGCCCAAAGGACCACUUGAGGCUCUUCGCCCAAAAUUGCAGCCUACUCCACACCAGCAAGUGCGUUCACGGCGGUCUAUUUACACGUCUUGCGAUACUGAUGAUGGAGGCAAUGCAGGUUCUGAGGUGAACCAGUAAUGAGCGGCUUCGGGUCUGUGCCCAUCCGAGAGCCUUUCGAUGGCACCAUGUUCUGCAUUGAAACAGAAUGGAGUCCAUUUUGUAGGCUUCCAUGAAUAAGCAGUCACAAGUUUGUGUUAUAUUUUCUGCUGUUUGUUGGAACCUUUGCAGCCUCUCUGCAGCUGAGACUGGCUGCACUGGAACUACCACUGACAAAAGUUUAUAAAUUCAUAAUGGAUCCGCUCAUGGAAUGACAUAUAGUUCAUAGCCGGCAUCCUUCCUGUUAUUUCAGUUAAAUGUCCUACAUUACUGAUUUUCUUGAUUAUAAUGCGACAAAUUAUGACAUAGUAAUUGUUAAUCGAGUUU